AGACUUUCACCUCGGUUUAUAUUAAUAAAGCCACAUGAUCAAAAGAUACAUGGUUUUGCCAUAAAACCGCAAACUGAGCUAAAUAAACGAGGCAUUCUCUUUAUCUCUUAAUUACACCGCCAGAGAGACCAUGACUAGACUUGCCAGCCGACACAAGAAGAAAGAAAAAGAAAUGCAAUACUCUCCUCUAGACCGGCCACAUGUGCCAGAGCUACAUCCAUCAAUUCCAACUUUCCAAGUGAGGCGUACAGAAUCAUUUCCCUCCCAGAAAUUAAGCAAGACCCGAUCACACACUCACUCACUCGAUCACUCGAUCACCCACCUAGUUGCUCUGCUGCUGACACCACCAAACACACAUACACACUAGCCAAGCUGCUGCUGCUUGCUUUGUCAUGGCGUCGCCGAAGAAGGCGAAGCCGCGGGCGAGGCGGCCCCUGCUGCUCCGGCGAGCCAUGCUGCAUUCCUCCCUCUGCUUCCUCCUCGGCCUCCUCGCCGGCCUGGCCCCCGCCUUCCGCUGGACCCACGUAGUGUCCACCGCGGCCACCGCCCACGUCUUCCGCGCGCUCCACGCCGUCGACGGCGCCUUCAACCACACCGUGCUUCUGCUCCAGCAGCAGCAGCGGCAGCUGCAGCACGGACCCGUCGACGUCGCCGUCACCGCCCUCCCCUCGCCGCCGCCUGCGCCGGCGUUGGAGCCGCUGCGGCAGCCGCAGCUGCUGCUGGUGGUGACGGCCACGGAGCGGUCGGACCCGGAGCGGCGGGCCGCGGGGCUCACCCGCGCGGCGCACGCGCUCAGGCUCGUGCCCCCGCCGGUGCUGUGGCUGGUGAUGGAGCGGGCGACGGAGGCCCCGGACACGGCGCGGCUGCUGCGCGGCGCCGGGGUGUCGUACCGGCACCUGACCUACCCGGAGAACUUCACGGCGGACGGCGUCGGCACGGAGAAGGAGCGGCACCACCAGCGGAACGUGGCGCUGGGGCACGUGGAGGAGCACCGCCUGGACGGUGUCGUGCUCUUCGCCGGCCUCGGCGACGUCUACGACCUCCGCUUCUUCGACCAGCUCAGGCAGAUCAGGACGUUCGGUGCGUGGCCGGUCGCGACGGUGUCGGAGCGCGAGCGGAAGGCGACGGUGGAAGGGCCGGUGUGCGGCGGCUCGCCGUGGGCGGUCACCGGCUGGUUCUCCACGGCCGACGCGACGCCGACGGUGAGGGCGGCGAGGCCGCCGGAGGGCACCGUGGACGUGGCGCGCUUCGCGUUCGGCAGCGCCCUGCUCUGGGACCCGCACCGGUGGGACCGCUUCCCCGUCUCCGAGCCCGACGCCUCACAGGAUUCGAUAAAGUUUGUGCAACGAUUGGCCGCGGAGGAGUACAACAAGUCAAGAGGAAUGCCCGAUCCCAAUUGCUCGGAGAUCAUGGUGUGGCGUGGAGAUCAGCUCGUCGCUGCCUAGCUUGCUCCAUAUGAUCUUGGGAUACAUACUCCUCCAGUUUAACUAGAACUAUCCGACUAUAGUACCUACCACCUACCCACAUAUACAUAUCUAUGUACGUUGAUCGCAACAUAGCUAAGCAAGUUUUGUUAGCUACCCGGUGCUAGUAGCUCCAAAAUAGGAGGGCAAAAUGAUAACGGGUAAUGAAGUAUAGUUUCCAUGCACAAUGAUCAUGGAUGUACUUUUGUCUUUUGCACUAUAUAUACACAUCGAGAAAUGAUUUAUUGCCUUAUCGAA